GGCGGACGGAAGCGGCUCCGGCGGCGGCCCGGGGCGGGUCGGCGCCUUUGUGUGAGCCGAGCCGGGAUGGUGCCGGGCAGCGGCCGGAGCCCCUCGCCCUGCCAGUGUCUGGAUGCCGAGCACCUCCCGCUGAAUGCGUGAAGAAGCAGCGGAGCCAGGAGAAGGCCUCUUAAGCAGCUAAGAUGGGCAUGAGGAUCAAGCUGCACAGCACCAACCACCCCAACAACCUGCUGAAGGAGCUCAACAAGUGCAGGCUCUCCGAGACCAUGUGCGACGUGACCAUCCUGGUGGGCACCCGCUCCUUCGCUGCCCAUAAAGCCGUCCUGGCUUGCGCUGCCGGCUACUUCCAGAACCUGUUCCUGAACACGGGGCUGGAUGCCGCCAGGACCUACGUGGUGGACUUCAUCACCCCGGCCAACUUUGAGAAGAUCCUGAGCUUCGUGUACACCUCCGAGCUCUUCACGGACCUCAUCAAUGUGGGCGUCAUCUACGAGGUGGCGGAGAGGCUGGGCAUGGAGGACCUGCUCCAGGCUUGUCACUCCACCUUCCCCGACCUGGAGAGCUCGGCCAUCACGAAGCAGCCCUCGCUGUGCAUGGGCGAAGGGCGGCCGGGGCCCCUGAGCAGCGCCUCCUCGGAGCAGAGCCAUUCCCUGGGGGACAUCCGGAGCACUGGGGAGCAUUUUGGCCCCGAGAGGAGUUACAUCUUGCACGGGGAGGCGGCCGGCGGCUACAAAGAGGAUGAGAGGACAACAGUGAGUGACAGCAGCCAGGCUCUUCCCUUAAUGCACCCGCAGCAGGCUCCCAAGGCAGAGCAGGAGCCGGAUCAGGGGCAGUUUGCCCUCGCCACGAGCAUGGUGACCCAGCCCGUUCAGAGCACCGCCAGCUCCUGCCAGCAGUAUAAGGUCCAGAGCAACGGUGACUACAGCAAGGGCGGCUUCUUCACUGCUGAUCCUUGCCUGGACGUCUCCACGGGGAGCAACUCGUGUCCCAGCAACAGCGACCACUCCAAGGAGCAGGGCUUUGGGCAGAUGGACGAGCUGCAGCUGGAGGACUUGGCCGAGGACGAGCUCCAUUUCGAGGAUGCCAGCGAGGAGCUGGCCCCGUCAGAGGAAGUGAUUGAGCUGAGCGACGACAGCGAGGAGGAGCUGGCCUUUGAGAGCGACAGCAGGGACAGCAAGGCCAUGCCCUGCCAAGUGUGCAAGAAGGUCCUGGAGCCCAACAUCCAGCUCAUCCGCCAGCACGCCCGGGACCACGUCGACCUCCUCACGGGCAACUGCAAGGUCUGCGAGACCCACUUCAAGGACCGCAACUCCCGGGUCACGCACGUCCUGUCCCACAUCGGCAUCUUCCUCUUCUCCUGCGACAUGUGCGAGACCAAGUUCUUCACCCAGUGGCAGCUGAGCCUGCACCGACGGGAGGGGGUCUUUGACAACAACGUUGUUGUCCAUCCCAAUGACCCUCUCCCCACCAAGGGCCCUGUGUUCGGGGCCGGAGCGGGCUCGGAGCUCUCCUGCGCCGCCUGCGGGAAGCCUUUGGCCAAGGAUUUCCACUCCGUCCGCAACCACAUCCUGGAGCACGUGAACUUGAAAAGCCAAACGUGCGGCGUGUGCGACCAGAGGCACCUGAGCCUCUGCAGCCUCCUCUGGCACGGCCUGGCCCACUUGGGCAUCUCGGUCUUCUCGUGCUCCGUUUGCGCCAGCAGCUUCGUGGACCGGCACCUCCUGGAGAAGCACCUGGUGGUGCACCAGGGCGCCGAGGAGGCUCUGCUCCGGUGCCACUUCUGCGGGCAGAGCUUCAAGCUGGAGGCCGCCUAUCGCUACCACGUCAGCCAGCACAAGUGUGGCAGCAGCCUGGACCUGCGGCCGGGCUUCGGCGAGCGCCUCCACCACCAGAGCCUGCCGAAGAGGAAGGCACCGGAGGAGUUCCUAAGCGAGGAUCUGGUGCUGCCCAACCAGCCCGGCAACAGCAAGUACGGCUGCAAGGUGUGCGGGAAGAGGUUUGCCCACACCAGCGAGUUCAACUACCACCGGCGCAUCCACACCGGGGAGAAGCCCUACCAGUGCAAAGUGUGCCACAAGUUCUUCCGCGGCCGCUCCACCAUCAAGUGCCACCUGCGGACGCACUCGGGGGCCCUCAUGUACCGCUGCACGGUGUGCGGGCACUACAGCUCCACGCUCAACCUCAUGAGCAAGCACAUAGGCGUGCACAAAGGCAGCCUCCCCCCGGACUUCACCAUCGAGCAGACUUUCAUGUACAUCAUCCAUUCCAAAGAGGCGGAGAAGAACGCCGAGAGCUGA